AUGGCAGAGGAUCAGAACCCUGUGAGACCCGCACCUACCGGCUUUCCAGUCGGUCCAGAGCCACAUCUAGCCAUGCCCGCUACCGCCCAGCCACCAAAGCACGGCAGGGCUUCUCGCGCCUGUCUGCGGUGUCGGGGACGCAAAGUCAGGUGUGAUGCCACGAGAAAGCGCGGCAAGUGCACCAACUGUUCACUCGACGGUACAAGAUGCGAGUUCGUCCGUCAAAGCCAACACACGCGUGAAUCGAGUGCAAAUCCUUCCUGGCCUCACGAUAAACAAGCCAACCUACGACAACACACAGCUGCCGUGGCCGGCCAGAGUCAGCUUCGUCACAGCCGGAACGUUGGGCCUGAACAUGUGCAGAAUGAUCUGCAGACUAUUUGGGAUGUUGCGGCUUCCGACGACAUUGCAACCCUGAUGAGCGGUCCGGAUCUGGAUAUCUUCAAUGCUUCCCAACUCGAGCAGCCUCCACUCCAGCAACCUCUAGAGAGACAAGCCGAAGACGCCGACUCCGAUCGUCAGCAAUCGCACUCACCAAGUGAUACCGUGAAUCCUCGCGACAUCUCGCACUCUCAUAAUGCCAGACUCGUCGCGAAUGACAAGCCAGAUUCAAACACUACAACUGUUCUACCCGACUUCAUUGAAGCGUUUUCAGUCAACCAUGUGGAUGACGUUGAUUACCUGCGCCGCAAAGGAGUUUUCACCUUCCCUCCGAAGCCGCUUCAAUUGGCCAUCCUGAACCAGUACGCGGAUUUUGUACACCCCCUCCUUCCGGUAAUCGAUUUGGCAGAGUUUCGCAGCAUUCUUGGUGGGAUCAUGUUUGCUGGGGUAGCGUCGGUUGACCCCGAAGUGGUGAUCCGGCAAAGCUACAUGUCGAAAUUGGCGGCAAGGGGGGCAUACUAUGAGCGAGCAAAGACACUGUUUGACAUGGACAUCGAAAAGGAUAAGACGACGAUAUGCCAGGCUUCCUUACUGCUCCUCGGGUGGGUAAAGGAGAAUAAUCCCAAAGACGCGACUUAUUGGCUUGGUAAUGCAAUUACCCAAGCUUACUUUUUGAAUCUGGACAAGGACAAACCUCAGUUGUCUACGAUUUCACAUUCUAGAAGCCGGCAUGAUCGCAACCGACGUCGAAUUUUAUGGUGGUGUGUGCUCAUGAAAGAAUGUGAUCUAUGCAUGUACACGGGACAGUACCCUCGCGUAUGGCCGUCGGCCCCUACACUGACCCUAAGCGAUUUCGGCUUCAACGACACUGACAUAAACAUGGCAGCCGACAACUCCAGCCAUGAGUCACAAGGCGAACGCUUGAAACAUGCUCUCGUAUGCGUCGAGAAGGCGAAGCUAUGCAGACACAUAUACCUCAUCCUGCAGCAUAUAUUCCACGAUGCCGUGGCCUGGGGCUGGACGGGGUCUGGAACGACUCUACCUGCCCUACGACAGUAUAUGCUUCGUGACCUCCGGCAAUGGCAUUCUGAAAUCCCAGACACUUUGCGGUGGGACACGUUGCUGGCCGGGGUCCCAUAUGGCGCUUCUCGAGGUGCUGCGUGGGCCAUGUCGGUGAUUGAAUUGAUCUACUGGGGGGCACAUUUUGUCAUCUACAAAGACAACAUGACGAGAGACGUAUAUGCACGCAUCAGAGUCCAGCAGACGACCGAACACUCACCGCAAACCGAGUGGCACUCUUUCCUCAUCAGACAGGCAGGCUACGAAACAACAGCUGUACUCGAGCAGCUUUUGAAUCACGACCUCCACGGGGCUCUACCCCCCUCGGCCCUGACCAACAUCUACCUGGCGACAUCAGCGUUGCUUCUCGAUUUCAACAACCCAGACUCGGAGAUCCGCAAGCGGAGUAUCGCUCAGGUCGACGUCUGCAUCAAGUGCUCCUUACCUCUAGCGGACCAUGGCCCAAUCUUGCGAGACGUAGUAAAUAUGUUGCAGGAUUCAAGAAAGGCUGUACUCGGUCGUUCGCUCCAGUCAUCAUCUAGCACUAGCCACUCGGCUCAAAACCCGGUCAAGCGCAACGCAAUAAUGGCCGAUGCCUUGGACGAAGACAAUGAAAAGAUGGGACAACAAAAUGCCGCCGCUGCCGCCGCCACGGCGCUUGAUCCCACCAGUGAUAGAGUGCCUGAUAUCUCGGCUAAUCCAUUUUCGACCUCUGAGUGGUACUCGGAUGGAGACCUGGGAUUUGCAGAGAACCUGCUGUCUGCCUUUGACUACUCGGGGUAUACCUGGGCGUGA